UAUAAUUUGGACUACAUGAGGGAAUGUUGGGGGAGUGUUGUGGUAGUCUCUUGCCUCACUGGCGGUUGAGCGCGAAAAAUUAACUUGAAGCAAGACAGUAAACUGCUCAACGUUGUCCCGUGUGGAGUUUUCGCUGUUCGUUUCCCCAAGUUCCCAAGUUAUUAGCUUUUGUGACCGCGGGACUGUGAAUGUGAUAAAUUUUUGUUGGCACUGCAGAGUCAAAUAAAAUUCACUAUAAGUUGGAUUUUUGUGGUAGAGCAGCAUACACUGUGAAGUUAGAGGGUGCUAGGCGAGCAAUUGAAUCCCAGAGAGAGAGACGCUUUUCCUGGGCUGUAUGUGGUAGUGUCUCAUCGGCAUUGAUCACAAAUCAACCGAGUUGAGAUCCAGCUGCUGGUGGAAUCGGAGUCAGUUCAAUAGUCACUGUGCUCCAGAGUGGACGGAAUUCUGAAGCAGCUUGGCCAGAAGCGACAAAACGCCCCAAGAAGAUUGAAAUCCCGUGCUAAUCUCUGAGCCACAGACACAUCGCAAUCUUCUCCAUCGAAGACCUACCACGAACCCGUGUGGAAAUUCAACGAGGGAUAUUUAUAGGCACUCGACAUAGACUUGAGCUUUUUUUAAACCAUCACGCAUAAUAAAUUUCAUCGGGUUUCGCUCCUCCUGUCGGUUCCCAUUUCUUCUUCUUUUUUUCUCUCUCUAUAUAUGCUAUAAUUUAUUUCGAGAGGAGUCUUGACACAAGAAAAAUCUCGGGAAGCACGAGAUUUGGUGGUGGUGUUAGAAAUCACGCGAAAUUCCUCAGAGUGACCACGAGACUCUACUCUGGUGCGAAAAUUAAGAGUAAGAGAUUGAACCCAGUGCUACAUUUUACGAUUCAUCGUGAAAUUACCAGACUUCUGCUUAACAACACGAUCGCUAAAGAUCAUCAACACAAACUGAUAGUGUUUGAUAAGAUCCCAGUGACUUAGAAUUCCCCUCCAAAAAAAAACCCACUAAAUAAACUAUAUUAUUCUCACAUGAAUAAUUCAUUGAGUCUAUCCAAAGAACAGCAAAAGUGAAGAAAAAAAAAUAGUGUAUAAAAGCUAGAAACGUUACAUUUUUUUCCUUGAUUCUCAUUUAAUGCAAAUCAAGCUGUAAAAAUAGUCACAGAUCGAGAAGAAAGUUGUCGAUCACUGAAAGUUGUGCCGUGCAUCAAACUCAAUUGGCUGACUAUUGAACCCUUUCCUAAAUACAAAAUAAAAUAAGACAAGCCAUAAAACCACAAGGUAUCAAUUAUAAAUUGAUUUCUCAACUUGCUGUUUUAAAGUUGGAGAGUGACCGUUUAGUGCAACCUGUAGAAGAGGCAGUUUUCGCAGUCUCUCUCCUGUUCCCGCCAUCCACCUAGAAGCUUUACCACAGACACUCCAACAUGUCCACGGAAAAGUCACCCAUUCGUCGUGUCACAGACAUGAUCUCAUGCCGUCAAGUGCUAAACAUUAUGGUGAUCCUGGGCUUCAUGCUCAACUAUGCCCUCAGGGUGAAUCUCACAAUUGCCAUUGUUUCCAUGACGGCUCCUAUGCUCAAUACCACCGACAAUACCACAGUCACCAGUACUGGAGCAUCUGCGGCACGCUUCAACUGGGAUAGUCUGCAGCAGAACUUUGUCCUGGGCAGCUUCUUCUGGGGCUACAUCCUCACAGAGUUGCCAGGAGGGCGACUGGCAGAGCUCAUUGGAGGUCGAAGGGUAUUUGGACACAGCAUGCUCUGGGCCAGUGUCCUCACCCUUAUCACACCCUUCGCUGCCAUGCUCCACUAUAUCGCCCUGAUCAUCGUCCGGGUUCUUCUGGGCUUCAUGCUGGGAGCUUCAUGGCCCGCCAUCCAUCCCAUGAUUGCUGUCUGGAUCAAACCCAUGGAUCGAUCAAAGUUCAUGUCUAACAUGAUGGCUUCCUCGCUAGGUGCUGCCAUCACAAUGCCAAUCUGUGGCUUCCUCAUAGAGUACUGCGGCUGGGCUAGUGUCUUCUAUGCCACGGGUGGUGUAGGUCUUCUCUGGUCCAUCACAUGGUUCCUCACCAUCUACGAGUCUCCAGCUACACAUCCCCGCAUUACUUCUGAGGAACGAAGAGAGAUUGAGGAUGCCAUUGGAACGAGCACUUCCAAGAAGCGUCCUAGUUAUGUGCCAUGGAAACAACUCCUCACCUCAGCACCUGUCUGGGCCAUCAUCCUUGUCCAUGGUGCUUCUGUCUUUGGGUUCUUCACAGUCGUCAAUCAACUGCCCACCUACAUGAAGAACGUCCUUCACUUCAACAUUAAAGAGAAUGGACUUCUAUCAUCCUUGCCCUACCUCGGAAAAUACAUUAUGGCUGUAUGUGCUUCCUAUUUAGCUGACUAUCUUAGGCAGAGCAAUCGCAUGACCACUACAACAGCAAGGAAAGCCUUUACGACUUUCGCUGUUUUGCCUCCUGGUUUAAUGAUGAUCGCACAGAUCUUCAUGGGGCACAAUCGUGUCUUUGCUGUGACUAUCUUUACGAUCCAGCUGACUCUCAAUGGUGCUGUAACGGCUGGAUAUUUGGGCAAUGGCUUGGACAUUGCACCUAAUUUCUCAGGUACAAUCUUUGGAUUGGCCAACACGCUCUCUUCCCUCUCUGGGUUCCUGUCCAACUUUAUGGUCGGCUGGUUAACUCAGAAAAAUCAAACUUACGGCCAGUGGCAAAUUGUCUUUGGAAUCCUCGCUGGUGUUUACAUCUUUGGCUCUCUCGUGUAUCUGAUCUUCGGUACAGGAGAACUGCAGGAAUGGAACAAUCCUCCGGAGAGGAAAAAGAAGGGCGAGGAGGAUGCAGAAGAGGGAGUACCAUUGAAGAACAACAAAAUUAUUUCGUAAGAAAUAUGACGAUAAAAAUCUCUAUGGAGAAAUUCUUUUGCUCUGGAAGCUUCAUCGUCAUUUUUUUUUUAAUAAAAUCUCCAAGGGAGAGUUUGUUGAACCAAGAACACUGUAGCACGAAGUGAUAGUGAAAAAGUAUGAAUUUGUAGACUAGGAUGUUCUUUUUUUUUUAAAUUGAUAUUUAGGAUCUUUUUUGUUUAGUGUAGACAUGAAGAGAGAAUGAAUUAAUUCAUCUCCAGAAUCUGAUUAUCGAUGGAACUUGCACAAAUGACAGUCUGACUAAUUCUUAGUGAAACAUGGAGAUAAAUUUAGGAUGAGUAGAGAUUUAUUUCUGGCUAAGUUUUUUUUUCAUGUCUUUUGUAUGGAGCAAUGCAUUAAAUCCCAAAAAGAAAAAAAAAAUAUAAAACUGUUAAUGAUCAAAGAAAAUCGAUUCGGACGCAAGGUCGAGAAUUAUAUUUUUUAAGUGUUUAUAGAGCUUUAAUCUUAAGUCAUCAUCCUCAAUCCAGAAAAUUUAUGGAAGAUUAUAUGAUGCACAACAUCGACCAAUUUCGGAAACAGUGAUAAACAGAAAAGUCGAAAACAUUUUUUUUUCUACUUAACGCAUACACAGGACACAACUUGAUGGAAAUAUCUAAUCGAAUACUUUUUUUUUAAUUUAAUAUAGCAAAAGAUUGAUACAUCGUAAGAUUGUACAUAAAACUCUAUUUUUAUUAGAUUUGUAUAUAUAAAUUGAAUAAAAUAAAAACUUUUGCCAUUA